CGGAGGCGUGGUUUAGCGAAGUCUGCAACGGGAGAGCGAGUGAAGAGACGAGCGGCGAUAAGUGGUUCAGGUGAGAAACAAGUAACACCUGGAUCUCGUUUCAGUGAUUGGCGUGGGGAACUCGCAUUUAAGGAGCGCGACAGCCGGCGAAAGGAGAGAGAGACGGGGACUCGUGAGCGCAGGAAGCUGGAGAGCGAUCGAGCAAACCAGACGCAGUAUCCGUGGCCGAAGUGCUGUUAGAAAGUGCGCGCACCUGCCGCGCUUGUUUGUUUGUUUAUUUGUUUUGUUUUGGUUUUGGAAUAAAGCCUCUCACGAGCCCCGUACGCCGACUCUGGUCUCCUUCCUCUACUCUGAUUGAACCUUCAUUACACUGGUGCCGAAACCCGGGAGGAAGGAGAGCGUUCGCCAUGCAGACUCCGUCAGCUACAUCAGCCUCGCCAUUUGCGGACAUCAUAUCAUCGCUCGCGGGCCUGCACCAAGAACACCACCAGGCCCUGCUGGACCUGCGGGCCGACCAAGACCACCGGUUCCAGGCGAUGAUGCGGGCCCAGCAGGAGGACCGCGAGCUGGUCCGGAGCUUGCUGGACCGGGAGGCUCGGACGGGGUCGGCCUCCCCCAGCGCCCCGCCCCCUCACAUGCCACUCCCCAAGAUGGGACCCACUGACGACCCGGAGGCUUUCCUUGACUUGUUCGAGCGGACUGCGGAGGCGUGUGGGUGGCCGGUGGACAGCUGGCCCGUACGGGUGAUCCCUCUGCUGUCGGGGGAGGCCCAGAAGGCGGCCCAACAACUACCCGUCCCGAACCUCCUGGUCUACGCCGACCUCAGACGAGCCAUCCUCCAGAGGGUGGGCCUCAGCCCAGAACAACAUCGCCAGCGCUUCCGGUCACUGGAGCUGGCCGAGGCGGGCCGACCCUUUGUGUUGGCGCAGCAGCUCCGGGACUCGUGCCGCAAAUGGCUGUUGGCCGGGGACGGCGAUGCCGAAUCCAUCAUCAACGCGGUGGUACUGGAGCAGUUCAUCUCCCGCCUUCCAAAGAAGUCCGCCCAGUGGGUCCAGUGCCACCGCCCGGCGUCGCUGGAUCUGGCCAUCCAACUGGCGGAGGAUCAGCUGGCGGCGUGCUCCGGGGUCGGCGAGCCCCUCCCUGCUGUCUCUCUCUCUCUCUCUGUUUCCCCCUCCCCCCCCACUCCGAAAUCUCUCCCUCUCCCUAGGUCCCGUUGGGUGGGGCCACCGAGGGCUGCGCCCCGCUGGAGGGUGGCGAUGGAGCCUGCGGCCGGGGCCCGAGGUCCCACACGAGGGAUGGCCGCUCCCCAGCGACGGGGGAGUGAAGACACUCCGGCUGCUUCCCCACGUCAAUCCCCUGAGCCACUUCCCGCCACUAGGGCAGCGGGGAGACCCGGGCCAGCCUGCUGGCGUUGCGGGGAUCCGGGCCACUUUGUGGACAGGUGCCCGAUGAUGGAGGUGGGGACACUGGUCCGGAUCCCGGACGACCCGCAGGCUGCCCCCGAUCAAGCCGGGCUGUACCAAAUACCCACCGACGCAUCGGACAGGGGGCUGGGCGCGGUCCUGUCCCAGGAGGUGGGGGGGGAAGACCGCCCGGUGCUGUACAUUAGUCGGAAGCUCUCCAAGAGAGAGACUAAGUACAGCACCAUAGAGAAGGAGUGUUUGGCCAUCAGGUGGGCGGUUCUCACCCUUCGUUACUACCUCCUGGGACGGGAGUUCACCCUCUGCUCGGACCACGCGCCCCUCCAGUGGCUCCACCGCAUGAAGGAUACCAACGCGCGAAUCACCCGUUGGUAUCUAGCUUUACAGCCAUUUAAGUUCAAGGUGAUUCACAGGCCGGGGGCGCAGAUGGCUGUGGCCGAUUUCCUCUCCAGGAAUGGGGGGGGGGGCUGCAGGCCGGAUGGCUCCCCGGCCUGAGUCGGGCGGUGGGGGUAUGUGGCGGAGGCGUGGUUUAGCGAAGUCUGCAACGGGAGAGCGAGUGAAGAGACGAGCGGCGAUAAGUGGUUCAGGUGAGAAACAAGUAACACCUGGAUCUCGUUUCAGUGAUUGGCGUGGGGAACUCGCAUUUAAGGAGCGCGACAGCCGGCGAAAGGAGAGAGAGACGGGGACUCGUGAGCGCAGGAAGCUGGAGAGCGAUCGAGCAAACCAGACGCAGUAUCCGUGGCCGAAGUGCUGUUAGAAAGUGCGCGCACCUGCCGCGCUUGUUUGUUUGUUUAUUUGUUUUGUUUUGGUUUUGGAAUAAAGCCUCUCACGAGCCCCGUACGCCGACUCUGGUCUCCUUCCUCUACUCUGAUUGAACCUUC